UGACUGGGGUCGGGCCCCCACCCCAUUCCCCACCACCGUUCUGGAAUUACUACACUCUCCCACCCAAUCUCUCAAGGACAGACCGACGCAUCCCCAAAUCCUCCGCCUCCGGAUUCCGAUCCCGAACGAGCCGAUACCCAUGUCCAAACAGACCUAUAGAGUGUGUUUCUGCUUCCGGCGACGGUUCAAGCUCGCCAUAUCGGAAGCACCGCCGGAGAUCAAGGACUUGUUCGAUCAGUACUCGGAGAAUGACAUCAUGACCGUCGAUCACCUCCAUAGGUUCUUGACCGAAGUCCAGAAAGAAGAGAAGGCCACCAAGGAGGAAGCUCAGGCUACCAUCGACCAUUGCCUCCGCGAGCUCAAGCACCUCAACAUCUUCCACCGCAAGGUUCUCAAUCUCGAAGCCUUCUUCAAGUACCUCUUCGGCGACAUCAACCCCCCUAUCUUGCCCUCCAUUGGGGUUCAUCAUGAUAUGAGCGCGCCUCUGUCGCAUUAUUUCAUAUACACAGGGCACAAUUCAUAUCUGACUGGGAACCAGCUGAGCAGUGACUGCAGUGAUGUUCCUAUCAUACAAGCGCUUCAUAGAGGAGUGAGGGUGAUUGAGUUGGAUAUUUGGCCUAAUUCCACAAAGGAUGAUGUGGAUGUACUUCAUGGAGGGACAUUGACUACACCAGUGGAACUUAUCAAGUGUUUGAAGUCUAUUAAGGAACAUGCCUUUGUUGCAUCUGAAUACCCUGUUGUAAUAACUUUAGAAGACCAUCUUACCCCUGAUCUUCAAGCUAAAGUCGCUCAGUUGGUCACUCAAACAUUUGGAGACGUACUGUUUUCACCUGGCUCAGAGUGCCUGAAAGAUUUUCCAUCCCCAGAAUCACUAAAGAAAAGGAUUAUUAUAUCGACUAAACCACCUCAGGAAUAUCUCGAGGCAAAAGAUGCUGUGAAAAGUGAAAAUGAUCCGAAGAGCGGAAAAACCCAAGUUGAUGAGGAAGCUUGGGGUCAAGAAGUCCCGGAUCUCAAAGGUGCAAAUGUGGUAGAUGACAAGCAGGAUGAAUUGGAUGAAGAAGAUAGCAAUGGUGAGGAAGAUAAUGAUAAGUCCCCACAACAUUUAGCACCCGAAUAUAAGCGUUUAAUUGCCAUUCAUGCUGGGAAACCCAAAGGUGGAUUGGUGGAGUGUCUCAAAGUAGAUCCUGAUAAAGUGCGGCGUCUUAGCUUAAGUGAGCAACAGCUUGAAAAGGCAUCAGAAACUUAUGGAAAGGAAAUUGUCAGAUUUACCCAGAGGAAUAUUCUGAGGGUUUACCCAAAGGGCAUACGCGUUGACUCAUCAAACUAUAACCCAAUGAUUGGGUGGUCUCAUGGGGCCCAAAUGGUUGCAUUUAAUAUGCAGGGAUAUGGAAGAUCACUGUGGGUGAUGCAAGGAAUGUUUAGAGCCAAUGGUGGGUGCGGCUACGUGAAAAAACCGGAUUUUCUAUUGAAGACUGGUCCACAUAAUGAGGUCUUCGAUCCUAAAUAUAAGUUACCAGUUAAAACAACUUUGAAGGUAAAAGUAUAUAUGGGAGAAGGAUGGUAUUAUGAUUUCAAGCACACACACUUUGAUGCAUAUUCGCCCCCAGAUUUUUAUGCAAGGGUAGGGAUUGCUGGAGUUGCUGCUGAUAGUGUGAUGAAGAAGACAAAGACCCUAGAGGACGACUGGAUUCCGGCUUGGGAUGAGGAAUUUGAAUUCCCAUUAACUGUUCCAGAACUCGCCGUGCUUCGUAUUGAAGUUCACGAGUAUGACAUGUCAGAAAAGGAUGACUUUGGUGGUCAAACAUGCCUGCCGGUGUCGGAGCUAAGAAAAGGGAUUCGAGCGGUGCCCUUACAUAGCCGUAAGGGAGAUAAGUACAAAUCCGUAAAGCUUCUAAUGCACUUCGAAUUUGUUUGAAACCCUUACAUAGCCCUAAGGGAGAUAAGUACAAAUCCGUAAAGCUUCUAAUGCACUUCGAAUUUGUUUGAAACCAGUUUCGUGGACGUUGUAAUGGCAGAGAACAGAGAAGAAAACGCUACGAUAAUGUAAAGCCUUUUGCUGUUACAUUGUGUGUAAAAUUUGUUUGUGAGCUUGUAUGUAUAUGGUUAUACAUUAAGUAGUUCUCUCUGUGUGAUUAAUAUAUACGUCGUGUACCUGGCAGUAUAUAAAUUUGUAAGAUUGAAGUAAUUGAGAAGAGAACAGUUUGUACUUCACAAUAAAA